AAAAGACCAAAAAUACAAUUAGUUCCAAAAAGUUGCAUAUUGUCAAGUCCCUAUGAUUGUUGCGAAAAUCCCAUAUAUGUUUGAUGAUGGUUUCUAUUUCUAGAACAAUAACGACGACCAACACCAACAUCCUUAAACUUGAACAAACCUUAAACCCUGCAAAAAUCUUGGAAACACAACUGGUCUCCUUACUCGACACAACCACCAACCUUAAUCAAACCAAACAAAUCCACGCCCACAUUAUCCGCAAAGCCCUUCAUCAAUCUUCUUACCUAAUCACUAAACUUAUCCGCGUUUUAACUUCCAAAUUUAACAUCCCCAUUGACCCGUACCCGUUACGUACAUUUCAACAAGUGAAUAAUCCGAACCCGUUUUUGUAUACGGCUUUAAUUCGUGGGUAUGUUGUGGAAGGAAAGAUUAGAGAGGGAGUUAGUGUUUAUAGUUUGAUGAGACGAAACGGGGUUAGCCCGGUUUCGUUUACUUUUACUGCUUUGUUGAGACAAUGUGGUGAUGUUAAUGGGCUGAAUUUGGGUGUGCAGAUUCAUGGGCAGGUUAUUCGGGUUGGUGGGUUUGGGUUUGAUUUGUUUGUUGGGAAUUCUUUGAUUGACAUGUAUGUGAAAUGUGGGGUUUUGGAGGACGCGCGUAAGGUGUUUGAUGAAAUGCCUGAACGAGAUGUUGUUUCGUGGACGGAGUUGAUUGUUGCGUAUGUGAGACGUGGGGAAAUGGAUGAGGCAAAGAUGUUGUUUGAUGGGUUGGUUGUUAAGGAUAUGGUGGUGUGGACGGCGAUGGUGAUGGGGUUUUCUCAAAAUGGGAAGCCGAGGGAAGCGUUGGAAUGUUUUGAUAAGAUGGUUGAAGAUGGGGUGGAGUUUGAUGAUGUUACUUUGGCUAGUGUUGUUUCGGCUUGUGCUCAGUUGGGUGCUACUAAGUAUGCGAGAUGGGUUAGAGAUGUUGCUGAAAGGGCUGGGUUUGUUGGUACGGAUAAUGUGGUGAUUGGGUCGGCGUUGAUUGAUAUGUAUGCUAAAUGUGGUUGUAUUGAAGAAGCACGUAAUGUAUUUGAUAAAAUGAUGAAAAAGAACGUUUAUUCUUAUAGUUCGUUGAUUCUUGGAUAUGCAAUGCAUGGAUGUGCACAAGAAGCGAUUGGUUUGUUUGAAAAGAUGGUGAAAACGGAUGUUAAACCGAAUAAAGUAACGUUCUUAGGAGUUUUAAGUGCUUGUACACAUGCCGGUUUAGUACAACACGGUCGUCACUUUUUUGAAUCCAUGGAGAAAGACUAUGGUGUAACACGAAAUGCUGAUCACUAUACUUGUACGGUUGAUCUUCUUGGAAGAGCUGGUUUGAUUAAAGAAGCCUAUAAUGUCAUCAAAACAAUGCCAAUUAAACCACAUGCGGGCGUGUGGGGAGCAUUGCUUGGUGCUUGUCGUGUCCAUAGAAAUCCCGACCUUGCUGAAAUAGCUGCUACGCAUUUAUUUGAGCUUGAACCAAACGCUAUAGGAAACUACAUACUCCUCUCAAACACAUAUGCUUUAGCACAAAAAUGGAAUGAUGUUUCAAGAAUCCGGGCAUUGUUUAGAUCAAAGGGUUUGAAGAAGAACCCUGCAAGUAGUUGGGUAGAAGGGGCAAAAGGGGUUAUUCACGAGUUUUUUGCUGGCGACAUGACUCAUCCAAGGACAUCUGAGAUCAAGAAAGAGUUGGACAGUCUUCUUUAUAAGUUAAUGUUAGAUGGGUAUACACCAGUUUUGAGCUCUGUACCAUAUAACGUGAGUGACGAUGAAAAGAAGAGGAUAUUGUCUGGGCAUAGUGAAAAGCUAGCGCUCGCGUAUGGAUUGCUUGGCGACUGCGGGACUAUUAGGAUUAUGAAGAAUGUAAGAAUAUGCGAAGAUUGUCAUGUAGUCAUGUGUGGAGCUUCAAAGAUUAGUGGUAGAGAGAUUAUCGUUAGAGAUAACAUGAGAUUUCAUCAUUUUCGGAACGGUGUAUGUUCUUGUAGUAACUAUUGGUGAACUUGAUUUGAUCAUAUAUAGGAGUGAAAGCAAAAGCAUUUGUUUUCAAAUGCCCUGUUUCUGAGUGUUCUGUUUCCUUUUGCCCUGUUUAGUAUAUAUACAAAUUUUGAACAAAGUUGUAUUA